AUGAUUAAAGAUUCAAACUCUAGUGCAACCAUGAGGCACGCUCAGCAAAGCACCAUUCCCCUAGGGGCAUACUUGUUCAACCGAGUCCAACAGCUCGGCAUCCGCUCCGUCUUUGGUGUUCCAGGCGAUUACAACCUCGCGCUGCUUGACUUUAUUGAGCCCAGCGGACUUGACUGGGUUGGCAACUGCAACGAGCUGAAUGCAGCCUACGCUGCCGACGGCUACGCGAGGAUCCACGGCCUCAGCGUCGUCAUCACCACUUUUGGCGUAGGGGAGCUGUCAGCCAUCAAUGGCAUCGCGGGCGCCUACGCCGAAAGAGCACCCGUUAUCCACAUUGUCGGUACGCCUUCGCGCAGUCUUCAGAGCUCCAGGGCCUUGGUACAUCAUACCUUUAUCGAUGGAGAAUACAAGCGAUUUGCAGCAAUGUAUGCUCAUGUCACGGCAGCUCAGGUCAACCUAACCGACGCCGAAACGGCGCCAGAUCAAAUCGACUGGGUCAUUGCGCAGGCCAUGAUACACCAAAGGCCUGUAUACCUUCAGAUCCCAGAGGACAUGGCCAAUGUAGCUGUAGCGGCUACCAAUCUCGGCCUUGGGCCAAUCACUGGCCCCUCGCUGGGGACUUUGCCAAUCAAUCCAGAGCACGUUGCCACCAUCUUGGAUCGUAUGUACUCAGCUAAACAACCUGUUAUUCUGGUUGACGGCGAAAGCAGAAAUAUCGGAGCCCUUGCCGAGAUGGACCAGCUCAUAAGGGCCACCGGGUGGCUAACAUGGACCUCUGCGUUCGGAAAGGGUCUCGUUGAUGAGGAAUUACCAAAUGUCCAUGGAGUUUAUCUUGCCGAUUAUGGCGACGAUUCUUGCGCAACCUACUUCAAAACGGCUGAUCUUGUCCUCUUUUUUGGUCCUCACCUCAGCAACAUCAACACUCACAUCUUCACCGCGAUUCCCGAUGAGACUGUGACUAUUGCCUUUUCACCAAACCAAGUGCAGAUUGACGGUCAUGUUUUGCGGGACACAUCACCUCGCAGAAUCCUUGCAGAGAUUGUUAAAUUGGUCGACAUGCCACGACUUGCUCAAGUCACCGGGCCCCGUGUCGUGCCAUUACCCGACCCCAACCCUGUAGCCUCGGAUAUGCUCUGCCAGGCUCUCUUCUACCCAUUCAUGAACCGCAUGUUUCGACGUGGCGACAUUAUUCUUACUGAGACGGGUACCGCCGCAGAAGGUGGCAAAGUCUUCAAGCUCCCCAGUGGCUGCCGCUUCUUCACAGCAGUAACCUGGUUGUCAAUCGGCUACAUGCUCCCUGCUGCUCUUGGGGUAACCUUGGCCCAGCGUGACUCGGCUUCACACCAACAAGGCCACAAUAGGGAGCCGCAUCGCACGUUCCUCUUCAUCGGGGACGGCAGUUUUCAAAUGACGGCCCAAGAGAUGAGCACCAUGAUCAAGAAGAAUCUCAACGUCGUAAUCAUUAUUAUCAACAACAAUGGAUACACAAUCGAACGCGUCAUUCAUGGGAGAAACGCGAGCUACAACAACAUCUCACAAUGGAAUCACCGCCAUGCCCUAGGCCUCUUUGGAUUGAGUGACGACGACGCGGCACAUCGUUACUUUGCGGCUAGAACAUGGGGAGAACUCAGAACGGCUCUUGACUCGCAGCCCAUGCAGCGCGAGAAUGCGGGCGUGACAGUGAUUGAGGCUUUCAUGGGCCAGGAGGACUGCACAGGCGAAUUGAAGAAGCUGCUGUUGGAGCAAGUGUCCAAAGAAGACAAGACAUCACUGUAA